CUCCGUAACUUUUGUUCCCUUAUUUAGCCCUGGAAAACACCCACAGGGAAUAUUACCUCAGCAGCUCAUCGGGGCUGUAAAACUGGGGCUGUAAAACCUCUCUGAUGUGCAGGAUGCUAUUGCAGCACCUUCAGCAGGGCAUUCUGCACAGCCCAGGUGAACAUUUCCUGAUUCAAUAAUGACCCACCUGCCUCUGCUCCUCUCUGGGGCACUUUCUGUCUACAGGCACUGGAACUAACGGCAGUGUCUCUGUGCUGCCUGAUGUCAGAGCUGAGAAAGGUGUCAGGAUAUAUAAGAGCCAGAAAGGAAGAGGGGAAAGGAUACUCCAGAGCUAGAUGCAAGCCUGGAAUUGUUGCGUGCACACUUCUUGCUAACCAAGAGGGCUCGCUGGCUUCUCCAGUUGGAUCCGUGGCCACAACAAGAAAGUUUGGCAGGAAAGAUGUGCAACCUGAAGCUGUCAGUUUUCCUCAUUGCACUUUCUGUCACCCUGAGCUGUUUGGAGGCUACGCCUAUUGAGAGAUUACUGUCUGUGGCUGAUGAUCUCUCUGAUGGUGCUUCCAAGAGACAAGGAUGGAUGUUGCCUGUAAUGUCACAGAAUACACUCUCAGGACUCAGUGAGGAAAUGCCAGAACAACCAGCAGCAAAGACAAAAAGCCACCAGCUGGAGAAGAGGAAAUGCAACACGGCCACGUGCGUGACCCAGCGCCUGGCCGACUUCCUGGUGCGCUCCAGCAGCAGCGUGGGUGCCCUGUACCCACCCACCAACGUGGGCUCCAACACCUACGGCAAGAGGGACACGCCAGCGCCGCCAGGCACGGAGCCCCACAGCCACGCACAGCUCUAGGCGCUGCUGAGAAGCUCGGUUUUUAAUGUGUCUACAACCUCUCGGUGGUUUAUUACCUGUACGGUCUCAGCAGUGCCUUGUUUUCUGUGGGUGUGUGUGGCUUGUGCUCACCGUCGCCCUGUGCGUGUGCCAUGACAUGCACGGGCUGCUCCUUCAACUCCACUAAGAGCUCCAGAAAUCUGCUUGGGGAAUCCCUUUGUAAAAAUCCACCAUGAUAAUAAAUGGAAAAGUAAUUGCAA